GCGUGUUCGCUGCAGCCAGCUGAAGAAGCAAUAAAAUCAGUAAAAUCGCGCGAAAAAGAAACGAAACAGAAAAAAAAAAACGAGAUUUUGAGCGAACCCCAAGAAGAUAACAGUGUUUAACUUGUGCCUCACAAUUAUUGUGCAUUUCUUCAAGCCAAACCUUCAAACCACACUAUAAUCAAGGGCAGCACACGCUGCAGCAGCAUGGGGCUGAGUUAGAGAGACUCCAGAGACCCCGUCCUCAAGAACAAGAAGAAACCUCACCAAAGGCACAAACGAUAAUCGUUCUACAAAUUCCGUUCUACAAACAUUCCAACAAACCCGCGUGGGGAUAGUGAGAGCGCGGAAGGGAACAAGACAGCAUCCCCGGAUGGAACCGUGCCGAGGGACUCUGUUUUCUAUACAAAGUAUACCAAUUUUAAAGCAAUCCCGAUAUCCUUUAUCCACGUAGCAAUUCGUGCAAUCAAAACCAUCCCAAAUAGACGGUCAUCAUCAUUCGCGGUCGGGGAAAUUCGGACAGGAUCGUUAGGUUUCCGCCCACUGACAACGGGGAGGAAGAAAAACACAAAACUGAAUUACAAGAGAAAAAACCAAGAAGCUACAGACAUCGCAGCCAACCAGCAAGACAAAAGCAAAAUUGCUUCGAAAUUUCAUGCCCACAAAACAACCAACUCGCGACGGUUUACGAAACGAAACGGAAGCACAAGCACAAGACAGCUUCAGAAGCAAGGGAGGAAGGCCACGUUGAAGAGCAACGGUGAAGAGGGAAGACAGGCAACACAACGACGAAGCAGAAAGCACGAGAGCAAAUUAUAUAAUGGACAAUUUCUUCGCUGCCAUAUCAUUAUUCCGUCGACGGAAAUAUGACGAGUGCAUCGAGGUGUGCAACGGCCUGCUGCAACAGAAUGCCCUUCAUCAAGGUCCUUGGGAGCUGAAAAUGAGAUCUAUGACCCAGCGUGUGUACAUCGACGAUAUCGAGGCGGACGAUGAUGUGGCGGAGGAUAUUCUGGACACGCAGACGAUCGCUACGGCACCCCGUCCCGGUACCUCGAUCAGGACAGCGAUGGCCAAACCAGCAACCUCCGCCAACGCCGCCACAGCGAGCCGCCCGCGUACCGGAACUGGUCGACCAAUUACGGGCAUUUCACGUCCCGGGACACUCUCACUGCAACGGCCCGCCUCAACGCUCGGCAACAAGACGGCCCUUAAAACAGGGUCCCGCACCGCUGCCGGAACUACAGCCGGUGGUUCCGCCCGCAACCUGCGCCUCGGAUCGGCCUCCAUGUUUGCGGUCGGCGAUCCGACCGGACCACUGUUUCACAUCUCCCGGCUGCAUCCGGACAAGUACGCGGAACGAGAUGCGCUCUCCAAGCCACUGUUCCAGUACCUGUACUACCACGAGGGCGACAUCCGCAAGGCGAUGGCACUGUGUGAUGCCGUCCUGGCACGGCGCCGAACGGCCGACCUGCUCACCGAUGCCAGCAGUGGUUGGUGGUGGAAUGCGCAGAAGGCUCGCUGCCUGAUCGCCAUUGGAAGUCCGCGCGAGGCAGAGCCGUACCUACGCGCGGCCCUGCAAGAUCUGCACCAUCCGGAUGUGGUGCUGCUGCUGGCACGGAUCUACGUCAAGAUCGAUCAACCGACGGCCGCGCUGGAGGUGUGCAAGCAGGGGCUGGAGAAGCAACCGAACGAGAUAGCGCUGCUAACGCAACAGGCACGCAUACUGGAGCUGGUUGGCAAUCUGGCGACGUCGGUGCGCCGAUACAGACAGAUCUCGGCGCUCGAUCCGAUGAACACCGAGGCGCUGGCGUGCAUCGCUGUGAGCUACUUCUAUGCCAAUCAGCCCGAAACGGCUCUGCUGUACUACCGGCGCAUCCUGUCGAUGGGAGGACAUAGUGCGGAGCUGUACUGUAACAUUGGGCUGUGCUGUCUGUACGGUGGGCAGCUGGAUUUGGUGUUUCCCUGUUUCCAGCGCGCUCUCAGGAUGGCGACGACGAGCGAGCUGCGGGCGGACGUGUACUACAACUUGAGCUUUGUCGCGCUGACGACCGGCGACAUCCAUCUGGCCCGCCGUUGCCUUCGCCUCUGCAUCGCCGCUAACGGAUCCCACGCAUCGGCGCUGAACAACAUGGCCGUUCUCGUGGCCCGCCAGAAGCAGUAUCAAAAGGCCAAAUCUUACCUGCAGGCUGCCCGCACCGCACACCCCACCAGUGACGAGAUUGAACACAAUCUGAAAUUUAUCGAAAAUUUCCAAUAAACUGAAUUCGAGGGUAUGCAAACAACAUCAACGACAACAACCACAACAAAAACGGCAAGAGAAAUCCUAAUAACAACGCUGGACACGCUACCAUGCAGCCGAGACUGAAUAGAUAAAUAUCGCCUCUCAACACGCAACACGCCGUCACACACAGACACAAGCGGGCGGUAUGGCACUUGGGAGAUGUUGCUUGUUUUUUUUUUUCGGAAAGAAAUUUAUGCGCCAAAUUUCAUCACCUAUGUUGCAGGCGCGUGCGCUCGAUCAACUCGAGGCCUACUUUCCGGCCAGCCCUCACCCAAAAGGAUGUACCGUCCGAUCCGGCUGCGUUUGCGCCCAGUUCCCCGGCUCCCACAAAAACAGGAAGACAGAUGCAUAUAAAUUCAAGCCUUAUUUUUAGACAUUCUUUCUUCAGCCUGGUGGAGCCGGUUUUUUCCCCCGUGCUCAUUAUAUUUGUUUCCUUUCCUGUUUGUUUGUGGCGAUCGUGCGCGAAAUGUUAAUCUUCCUCUAGCAGCGUGGUAUGCCGAUAGUUUACGAUCGGAAAGAGGAUCAGGGAGGAUCAUGGCGUGGCACCAAACACACCAAAAAGCGCUAGCACAGCAAACGCAGCGGGAAGGAUUUAAAUUUGUUCUUUCUUCUCCACCAGCCACGGCACGUAGGCUUUAAUCAACGCUUUCAAACGUCGCACGGUGUGUUUGCUAAUGCUGUGUCCCGGGUGAUUUGCCAAAUCAUUAGUCGCGCUCGGGAACGGGGGAUCGAGCGCUUUUGGUGGGUUCACCUAAUGGAUGUCAGGAAAAUUAUGUGAUCGGUCUUAAAAUGGGUUGACAAAAGUGUUAGACAUGCGAAACCAGAGGAAAAGAAUAAAGCGAAGAGAAGAAAGAAACGCAUUUCGGAAAGGAAUUAAUC